GUGGAUUUUGGUGUGCAAUGAAAGAAGUAGAAGCUUUACAAUGUGCGGGUGGGCCGGUGUAGGGUUAUAAGUACCAGGAUACACCUGCUCUGCUCAGAGAAAAGUGGGUUCGCCUUCUGCAUUAGAGAUUUUGCUAUUUACAACUGCUGGAUAUUAUGUGUCAUUUUAUUUGGUUAACAAUGUGGACACCUACGAUCGCUUUGCUUUUCAUGUGUUCUCAUUGUUUUGUGCGUAGCCUCGACUUCAAUGUAAUCCGAUCCUCUAAAGAAGCAAUGGAUCCAUUGGAACAGGUGCAGCCGCUAAAUGGAACGGUGGCCAUACAGAAUAAUGUGAACACGCGUCGCAGGGCAGAUACAUCUUCUAAUCGCCAUCACACCAGGUCAUCUUGCCCUGAUCAAGAAUGCAGUCCGUCAACAAGAAAUACCUGCAAUGGAUCUCAGAAAAAGAACCAGAAUAAGGAAAUACUUGCUCCUGAUGAUGACGAAAACAUAAGGAAAGUGGCAGAGAUGGCAACAUGCGUGCGCUCUGGAGACUGUGAGGCAGGGCUGUGCUGCGUCCGCUAUUUAACAGGGAAAAGAUGUCAACGCAUCCCAAAGGAGGGAGAGGCCUGCCUCCUGGGAGGACGCUCUAAAUUGCGUAGAAAUCUUGAGCGCUGCAACUGUGCACGCGGGCUAACCUGUCGUGCCCAGGAUGAAAGCCCCAAAAACCAAGGCGUUUGUCUACCCAAACUGAGAAAGAACAUGAGGAGGGCUAGACACUCAGGCAAGAGGAGUAUGGCCGAGAGAAGAUGUGGAUAACUUAAGCCAAAACAUUUGACUCAAUACUUUUGCACCAUUCUUUGUUUCACAGCAUUUCACUGAUUUAAUGUCAGAAAGGUUCAUUUUGUCUUUGUUCUGUAUAUCAAGUUAAAGGUUAAAAUGUUAAAGGCUAAACGCAAGGUAGGCUUUUGUAAAUGUAUAUUUCAUUCCAUACAAGCUCCGGUGGUCUACUCUUUAUUUUUAUUUGAGCCCCUCACCUAAUCUUAUUAGCCUUCAAAAGAAAAGUCUGCACACUUCAUAACCUCCUUGAGUUUAAUGGCAUCUGGUUCCAUCUCUCAAGCACUUCUGUAUGAAAAUGGUCCAGACUUCAUCAUCACAAUGUCCACUAGUGCCAUCUAUUGGAUGAAGAUUGUAAGCAACACAUUGACAAUAUCUGAAAAGGGUCCUAGGCUAGGGUUUUGUAGCCUGGAAUCCACACUGACCAUCACCGUUUCAAUAUUGUUUCAUGUCAUUGAUUCAGUCUGGACCUGCUCCAAGAGGGACUCUUGGGCCUAAAUAGAAAAUAGCCAGUCCAGUCAGUGACCGAUCAGAAUCUAAAGGUGGGUUUAACACAAAAACCCAUGUGGCAAAAUGCUGCACUUUAAAUGGCAGGUAGCAGAUAAUGGAACAUGUCAGAUAUUUAUGUAGUUGGUCCUGUAUAUGAACUAAUAUACAUGAGUUCUAACUAGAAAAAAUCUUUGUUAGUUUACAAUUGUACAACUUAUGUUCCCGCAUAUAAAAUCCACAAAGACUGCUGGAAAGGCCCGAACGCAAGAUCGUAAUUUCUAUGACUCACACCGUGUAGAACAUAACAUUUAAUAGCCUGUAGCCUACUGUUCAUGAGUGGCACUUCACUUUUUAGUAUGGAGAACAGCUGUGACAACAUUGAUCCUAAGAUCAAAAUGUUAUUUGUGUAAUGACAAUGAAUUGUGAAAUA